AUGGUGCGGUUGCUGGUUCCUGAAGGCGAGAGUCAGCAUGCCAUCACCGGGAGACCACCUGGCGCAAUCGCUACACAACGCGACCUUAUCGCAUCGCCAUGGAGAUCCUCAAUCGCCGCUGCAGCCGUUACUGGCGGCUUCGCCCUGGUUGGCCGCUCACGACCUGGCGUGUUCCUCAAGUCCGCCGCCUUGAUCGGUGCCGUAGACCUCACAUUUACCGCAUCUGGAAUCUAUGGGCAACAUGAACUGCACCGGGGCGUCUUCAAGAUGGAAGGGAUACAGCCCAAGCCGGGCAAGCUAUGGGAACGGACAAAGCACUGGACGUGGGAGGAUGCGACACUUGGGGGAGGAGUGGUGGGCGCAUUUUUGGCACUGAACCCGCGUGCUCUACCCGGCGUCUACGGCUUCGCGCGAUUCUUCGGAGCGGCUACAGUUGGGUGUGCGCUCGGAUACAAGGCCGGACAAUUCUACAUUGUUCGCCUGCCCCCACAACUCCUACAGCUCUUCGACUACUCAAUUACGGCAAACCGGCUCAGAGAGUAUGAAAAGUUGCAGGAGAACGAAAAGGCCAAAUCGUCCCUUUCUCGAAUCGGCAAACUCGCGCUCUGGUAUCACACGUCUCAGACGAUGACUAUUCUUCGGAGUCCUCUACAACUCGGCGGUAUCGGAGGGAUGGGAGGGUCUAGCGGUAGUCCUGGUGGUCAGCAGUCACCGCAUGGUAGCCCGUUGCAUGCAUUGAAGGCUGAGAUGGACAAAGAGACUGUCUUCCAGACCGAAUUCAAGGAGGGUGAACUUGCAGGACCCGAUAUAGAGAACGGCUACCGCGCGUACAAGGACAAUCUCCAGUCAAGAGAUGCAAGCAAAAUACAAGACUGGUUGGAGCAAGUUCGAGAGCUCAAGAACAACAUCGGUUCGGAGUGGCAAUACGUCUGGGGAUACCUUGGGCAGAAAGAACACGAGUUUUAUCAGCAUGCAGAGGAAGACGGGGAGAAGGAUCUGCUCCGACGGGAAAUCCAGCUGCUGAACAACAUGGCCGCUGACAUAGUUACCCGAUGUGCAAUCCUCGAGUACCACGAACGCGAUGCCCUGAAGCAACUACGGCAAAUCGAGCAAACAGGAUCAAACGUCGAGUCCGAUGCAACAUCCCAAUCCACCACGGUGCCGUACGAAUUUCCACACGAUUCAGCCGAGGUUGCUCAACACAACUAUCGUGGCCCGCGCAUCGCCACCGAGCGAAUCCGCACAACCUGGUCAAGACAAAAAGAGUUGUUGCGACACUUCGACCACGCUGCCGCCCGUGCCAGUGAGAUAUCCGAAGCCGAUAGCGGUUUCCACGUCGCUGAGCACCUAAAGCGUCUGAAAGAGGAUGCUGAUCAGAUGCGGAAGAACGUAGAAGCCACUGGGCGUUUGCUGCGACGGUUUGAGGAUCGGAUUCGCGAGGCUGAUGAGGAGGCGAAAGAAAAGCCUCGCCAAAGCGGAGUUGGUUCGGAUGGUGAGCAGGAACCUACUUGA